GUACAUCAUUUGGUAUCAAAGCCUAUUGUCACACAUCUGUGAAGGACCAAAACACACUUCCCUCAUUCUUCUCCUCUUACUUUCGGCCAUCAACCCCAUCCCCCCAUAAUCCUUUUUCGUGCCUCUUUCAAAUAUGUCAAACCGAUCCCGAAGCAUGUCUCAUGAAGAACUUGUGGCCUCAAACGCUGCCUUGCAAGCUCAAGUGGAAUACCUAGCCAAAGAAGUGGCUAAGCUCACAAAGCAAAAGAUGUCCAUGCUACGAGAUAGUGAAGAUGAAGAGGAAUCUAGCUCUAGUUCCACCAUGAGAGCUAGGGCUCAUGAAAAGUCAUAUUCUGACUUCAAAGUUGAUAUUCCAAUCUUUGAAGGAAAGAAUGACCCGGAUGAAUUUCUUGAGUGGUUAGAGACGGUGGAACGAGUCUUUGAUUUCAAAGAAGUCUCCGACGACAAGAAGGUCAAGAUUGUGGCCUUAAAAUUCCGCAAGUACGCCUCCACUUGGUGGACGAACACCUGCACCAAACGGAUUCGAAGUGAGAAGCCUCUUGUUGACUCAUGGCAAAAGAUGAGGAGUCUUUUGAAGAAGAAGUUCCUACCCACUGAAUAUUCCCGAGAGAACUUUGCUAAGCUUCAAACGCUUAGGCAAGGUACAAAAUCCGUGGAAGACUACACCCGGGAGUUUGAGGAACUCCUACUCAGGUGUGACUUGCAAGAGAACAAAGAGCAAACCUUUGUAAGCCUUCAAAGUUGUAUGGACACUCGUUCUCGCGGUGAGAACAUUCUUCCGGGAACCAAAAACCCCGAACUUUUUCUCCGGCGUCACACCGUUAGAAUCCCCCGUCAACUGGAGUUCAACGACGAAGAGCGAAGAGGAGAAGAAGAAGAGGAAGCAAGUCACCAACACUCAGAGGAGGAAGCGGAAGAGGAAGAAGAAAUGGCGGCUAAUCCUAGACGAACGAUCCUUCAAGCCAUGAGCCCGGCGUAUGUGGAGGAAGAUCCCAUAGGUCUCCCCGCUAGUCAAGCCCAUUCGUUUGAAAUCAAACCAGCAAUGAUCCAAAUGGUCUCGAAUAACCAAUUUGGAGGCUCAAAAACUGAAGAUCCAAGGGCGCACAUGUUAUGGUUUUCAAGGACCUGCCAAACAUUCCAGUCCAACGGUUUAUCUAUGGAUCAUGUUAAACUGUCGCUCUUUCCCUUUUCCCUUCGGGAUCGGGCCGCUAGAUGGUUAAACACAUUUCCUAAUGGCCACUUCAAAACUUGGGAGGCGUUGCACCAGGCAUUCAUGCACGAAUAUUUUCCACCCUCCGCCAUGGUAAAAAUAAAGAACUCCAUCCAAAACUUCCGUCAAGCGCCUAUGGAAUCAAUGAGCGAAGCUUGGGAAAGAUUCAAGGAGUUGAAGGUUAAAUGCCCACCUGCUUUAAUUGAUUCCGAUAGUUUGAUGUUCUACUUUUACCAAGGCUUAACGGUACCAUCUAAGAAGGAAUUGGACCACUCUUCUAAACUUGGUUCUUUUCUGGAGAUGACACCUGAGGAGAAUGAGGAGUUAGUAGAUAGACUUACGUCGAAUGCUAAAUAUUGGUACGAAGACCGAGCUCCUCCUCCUAAAGCUGGCAUGUAUGAAGUAGACCAAUUCACAGCUCUCAAGGCUAGUAUGGAGAGCAUCGUGAAACAAACUAUCAAGGAGCACCUAGGAGCUUCCCAUCCACGUCCCAAUCAGUACACUGAACCGGUGAACCAAGCUGAACUCUAUGGUUCUGGUAGUCACCACCAAUCUGAUCUUGUCUUGUCUUGUGAACACUGCUUUCAAAAUCAUCUUUCUUCCUCUUGUCCUUUGAUUGAACCAUCCCCUUCAAGCAAGGCUAAGGACGUUAAUCUAGCACAAUACGCGAAUAAAGGGGAAGGGCCUUGGGCCCAAAGCAAUCAGGAGCACUGGCGAGAAAGGAACAAUUUUUCAAGAAACAAUCGUCCUAGGGAUGACUAUAAACAAGGUAACUGGAAUAACAAUAAAACCAAUUACCAAAAUAACAAUGCGCCCUACGUUCCACCUCAUAAUCGCCAACCUCCGCAAGAAGAUUCCUUGGCAAGGAUGGAGAAGAUGAUGAUGGAAUACAUGCAGAAGAUGAACAAUCUGGCAGAUGAUUUGAAGGAACGUGACAAGACACGCGAUAACCCGCUCCAACAAGUGUUCAAACAACUCGGAGUUAGAGAACAGGGGAACCUCCCAGCUACCACCGAACCAAACCCAAGGGAGCAACUUCGGGCCAUAACCUUGAGAAGUGGUAAAGAGCUUCAAGGCCCAGAAGUCGAAGCCAAUAUAGAUGAAGUACCUGUGGAAACCUCUACAGGGACAACCCCUCAAAAGAAGUCUGAUUCUGUACCUCAAGAGGCGAGGAAGGAGGAAACCUCCUCUGGCCAACCCCAACCAACCAGGCAAACUCAGCUGAACACUAUUCCCUUCCCUACUAGGGUGAAAAAGAACAAGGACGAGAAGGCUUUCCAAAAGUUCCUCGAUGUUAUUGGCCAAGUUGAGGUCAAAAUGCCUUUGGUAGAUGUGCUAACUGAAAUGCCCAAAUAUGGUAAGUUCUUAAAGGACCUCGUAACUAAGAAGAGGGACUGGGAGGAAUUCCCAGUUGUUAGCUUAAAUGCUGAAUGCUCUGCUAUGUUACUUGAGGAAAUGCCUAGAAAACGAAAGGAUCCUGGAUGUUUCAUCAUCCCUUGCUCCAUCAACGAUAGAACCUUUGGAGACGCUCUAGCUGACCUAGGAGCUAGCAUUAAUUUAAUGCCGUCCUCUAUCAUGAAGGCGUUGGGACUGACUGGACUUAAACCCACUCAAAUGUGUCUUCAAUUGGCAGAUAGCUCCAUUCGUUACCCCAGGGGGGUGAUUGAAGACGUACUUGUGAAGGAAAAGGAGUUUGAGAGGAGAUUAUGCGAAGGAUCAGAAAUGAUGCAGAAAAUGCUGGACGACUUUCAAAGAGAGAGACUAGAAGCUGAGUCUAAAGCCGAUAAAUUAGUCAAUGAUGUCUGUAUGGCUGUUGAACUUAAAUGCUCCCUCCAAUCUCAAGAUCAAAUGAGGGAGAUUAAUGUUCAAAAAGAGGCUCUAGAACCUAAGACCAACCCUGAACCCAUCAACCAACAGGUGCCAGUUCUAGAAGAAUCACCAAGUUCUACACCCUCACAGAAGCCCGAGAGCAUAACAACUCUUGCUGGGGCUACUGUGGUGAUGUUACCUGAAUACCCUCCUAGCCAAGUCCUAACAAGCAUAGUCGUACAGGAGGUGGAACCAACUGAGGGACCUGACUCAGAACCACCUACGCUCAUUCAAGAAAAGGAGGAGGAAGUUUUGCCUACGGCAAUAAACGACCAUCUCCUUAAUUGUGUUAAAGACACACCUCCAGAGGAACCUGUUCUAGAGGAGAUAGAGCCCACUACAAGCCCCCAAGAUUCCAAUGUCCACGAGUCUAAGGAGGAACCUAUAGAUGAAGAAAAGCCAACUCCAUCUAUAGAAACCUAUGCAACCAAUGAUUCAUCUGAUGAUUCAGACCAUACUUUCUUUGACUCCCUACUUGAUGGGUAUGGCUAUGUCUGCCCGAAGGAUGGUUGGAACUUAAAGAGUUGGGAUGAACUUCUGGUGAGUAACGAUGAGGACUCUUCCUUGGGGGAGGGUACAAUCAUAAUCAUCAAACCACAAACGGAUAGUCAGCCAAUUAAAGACCAGGAAGAAAUCAAUCUCGCUAUGAAGGCCAAUGAUGUGGAUCAAUUGAGGAGACUUCCGCCCCCACCCACCUAUCAAGAGUCUCCUCCUUUUAUCCUGUUGCCGCCAAGCCGCAGGGACGAGUCAAGGAUCCUGGACCUUGACCGAGCAACAAAUCAAACAAGGUGGCACCAGAAGAGAGUCAGAAGGGCCAAACUUUAUGACUCUCGGAUCGGGAAGUCGCGAAAAAAGUGGAUGGAUGUUGCUUGGAUGAUUCCGCAUGGAAACCGCCGCACAUUACAGAACCUGGAAGAGCUCCCCUUGCACUCAGAAGAAGCAAGGAAGAAGUUUCUCACUUGGGGGAACACGAAGAUGCUCCAGCCUCCCAUGGUGCUAGACCCUGCCUAUCUGGAUGAGCUAGGACACUGGCAGGACAUUGAUGAGUUUCUGUACAACCCAAAAUGGAGGAUCCUGCUGUUCCUGCAAGCACCAGCAAGCCUGGAAGUCACCAUCGAGUUUCUUUGCUCUCUCCGCUUCCACAAUGACAGAGAGGAAGUAAAGUCAACAGCUGAAGUCACCUCCACCACCAAGGAUCUAUACAAGGAGGAUGAAGACUUCAAGGAGGCAUACCAUAAGUGCCUCACACGGGUCUCUGAUACAAAGUACAAAUGGGAAGCAGAGAAACGAGCUCAGGAGAUACAAGCUAUUCACAACAAGGGUGAAUACGUUACGGAUCCGUUCAUCACAUUUGAGGCUACUGGUUUUCCUCCAAAAAUACUCAGAGAUCUUUGUUUUGCUGGAUUCACUUCUCCCACACCAAUCCAAGCACAAGUGUUGAUUUUGACUAUCAUUGAUACAUCCUGCUUAUAGACCAUAGGUAGAAGCAUGACAUUGUGUUUAUAUAUUGAUUUUUGAAUUUUAAGUGUUGAUUUUGACUAAAAUCUAAACUGAAUU